GCUCCUUCCUCCCUCCCAUCGGCCUCGGCUUGCGGGCCUUUCAAACAUGGAGGAGCGCGAGUGGGGGGCGAGGUCGGCUCGCGCCGGCAGCCCAGCCAGCCCGCCCAGCCCGCGGCUGGACGUCAGCUCCUACAGCUUCGACCCGCUGCUGGCCCUGUACUCACCGCACCUGCCGCCCAUCCCCUACCCCAACGCUCCGUGCUUCAACAACGUGGCCGAGUACGAGAGCUUCCUGAAGGGCGGGCGAGCCGGGCGCGGCCGAGCUCGGGCCACCGGGGAGGCUGCCUCGGCGGGAACCUCCACCGGAACCUCCACAGGAGCCCGGACCUCGUCCAAGGCCCGUCGCCGCGCCGCGCCCACCCCGGAUCCCGAGCGCAUCCAGCGCCUGCGCCGUCUCAUGGUGGUCAAGGAGGACGCGGACGGCGCGGCCGGGGCGCGACGCCAGGGACCGGGGCGCAGCAAGAAGGCACCCCGUAACGUGCUCACGCGGAUGCCCUUGCAUGAAGGCAGCCCUCUGGGUGAACUCCACCGCUGUAUCCGUGAGGGAGUGAAGGUGAAUGUUCACAUCCGCACUUUCAAAGGACUUCGGGGUGUCUGCACAGGCUUCCUCGUUGCAUUUGACAAGUUCUGGAAUAUGGCCCUCACAGAUGUGGAUGAGACCUACCGGAAGCCUGUCUUAGGCAAAGCAUAUGAAAGGGAUUCUUCACUGACUCUCACUAAGCUGUUUGAUCGGCUGAAACUUCAGGAUUCCUCCAAAAAGGAAGCAGAUUCCAAGUCAGCUGUGGAAGACUCCACCCUGUCUAGAUACUCCCAGACAUCCACCUGGAAGGUAGCUUCAGUGUGGGGACGAGGAGACACCGACCGGGGCUCACACAAGCGCUCUCGCUCCGUCCCUUCUUCCCUGCAAGCAUCUGCAAGGGAGGAGUCCAGGUCCGAGCUGUCAGGGAGGACUACGCGGACAGAAGGGUCCAGUGUGGGGGGUACUUUCUCCAGGGCCACCACCCUUUCACGAGGCCAGUCCCGUAAGAAAAAGCGAAAGCCCAAGGUGGAUUACCAGCAGGUAUUCACGAGACACAUAAAUCAGAUUUUCAUUCGAGGUGAAAAUGUCCUGCUGGUGCAUCUUGCACAGUGAGCAUCUCAGCCCCACUUGACCCCUGGGCUCUAGAAAUAAAGUGCAUGAACUGUUUCCUAUGCUAUAUCCUAGUAUCCCAAACAAAGUGUGAGUCGCAACGAUUCCCACUGGUCCUGCCCGUGCAGAGGACAGAGCUGGCUCACCCUCUGGAAGCCCAGCUGAGGGAGGUACAGGUCAGCUAUAGUCACUAGGCAAAAGCCAUUCCCAGUAUAUGCGUCUGACGGGCCAUGGAAACUAAGAAAUGUCUGAGAAAGAAUCAUUCCAUUUCUGACAGCUAGUGCUCCCAGAACGGUGAGUGAUCUCAUGACUGUGUUUGAGCAGUGUAAAUUGCCUGACAGCCCUGAACCCAUAUCUUGGAACUGACAUUUGCUCUACAUCCUUCUCUUUUGAUCAAGAAGUGAAAUUUCUCGUCCUUGAAUAUUAAUAAGGUCUAGGAGAGUUACCAGCUUAUGCGGGAGUAAAGCUCAGCCAGGUGGUUGCUCAAAGCAGCCGUGGUGACCUCUCUGCUUUGACCCCCUCUCCCCACGGGAAGGAACAGAGGAGCUUGUCAGUCUUUCCCUCACCAGAGGUGGCCUCUGCACAUGGCAUACCAGAUGGGCUGUACCGUGCUCGUGGUGGCUUGUUGUCCUUUCCGACUCCUGUGGCAUGGUGCUAGUGCAUGUGCUUUGUGGUGUCACCCCUAUGUUGUGUGUGACCGUCCUGACGUGACCCUCAUGUCUGGAUUCAGAGAGUUCUGCAUGAGCUCCGCAACAUACAUGUAUCACAUGGCUGAGCGCCCCCUUUCCAGGCGGGCUGGCCUUGUGUAGAAAGUCCCCCGGCAUGGUGUUACCACGAAAGGGAGGUCAUCCUUUUAUUCCCUGUGUCAAGCCAGUGAGGUUCUUAGAAAGUAGAAUGGGUGUGUCUAAGGACACGUGGCUCCCAUUUAAGCUUGAGUGGCAGGAAUACCAAAGGACCCAGGGAAGCUCCUACUUGAAUUAUAUCACCAUAUGCUUUUCAUUCACAAGUACAGGAUGGGCUGCAUCUUGACAUAGACUGUUAGGCAAUAUUGAUUUACAAACAUAUGUUGAUACUUGCUUUAUCUUAGAAAACUUAUGUUCAAAGGAAGAAUAAGAAAUAGCUAAUUAGUUCAAAUGUAUGUAUGAAUAGAACGUUUCCCCUUCCGGGUUUGUGAAUAGUGUGGGUAAGCCUCCUGAGAAGCAUGGAAAACAAAGCUUAUGGAGCUGGGAUACUUGGUUCUUCUGUUAGCUGGACCACUGCCUCAUCAGACAAUGAAAUGUGAGCAGAUGUGCCUCAGUUUCCCCAUCAGACACCUACCUCACCAGGGCACUUUGGCAGAAUUUUAGGAAGGGCAUUGUACAGCCUCUAGCAUAUCUAAGUGCCAAGAAUAAAUUUUCCUUACUCUAUUGCAUAGCUCUGUAAAAUUCUUGUCCUAUGAGCAAGGCAGGUGCUAUAUGAGAAAGGUUCUCCCCAAUUGUCAUCUGUGCUCUUGUAGCCAUUAUCAGAACUUCAGCAACUGUUUUGUAGGUCUGUUCCUUCCUGUAGAGGGAGUUGUCAGGGGAGCAUCUUAAUUAAGGAUAGAGCGACUUUGUUUCUGCUGCUGACCCACAUCCUGGCCCCAGCUUUUUUAAGGGUAUCUGUUAUGGUACUUGAGGGAAAAUAUGCAUCUAAAAACAGCAUUGUUCCCAAAGCCAGGUUUGUGGCCUUCCUGUCUGUCUUCAGUUUACCUGUUUUUAUUUCUAAUUGUGUGUAAGUCUAAAGGCAGGGCAAGCACUGGGGUCUGUGGGAGCUCUGGGUACAGACAGACUCCAGCUCCCAACUCUUUGGUCCUCUAGUCUAAGUUCUCUUCUGCUCUCACAUCAGCAGUUGUCUUGUUCACUCUGCGGUCUGUAUUUCCUCCAUCUCCACCAGCGUUCCCUGUGUGACUGUCCUCUCUGUCUGCCCUGUUGCUCCUUAGCUUGAAGCUGUAAUGGAUGCUCUUUUCCCCCAGCUGUGUAGAAAUGUGCAAUCAAAAGGAAUCGAAAGAGUUUCUGUUCAUCCUAGUGAACCCCCGCUCUAUUUUACACAAAUGCCAGUAUCAUGUUGCCAUAUAACUCUCCCAUAUUUCUGUAAGGAUUGAUUUACAAUUUUCUCCUCAACAUGACAACUCUAGCUGUGAAAAUUAUCUUCAAAUUGUGUGUUCUCUAUCUUUAGAUUCCCUCCAUUUAACGGUUUAACUUGGACAGUGAUUCUGAAAUGAACACUCUCUAGGAAAUGUUCGGUUUUCUGCAAAGCAUGAUAGUUAUUUUUAGAGAAGUAAAUUUAAUAAAUUAUUGCCAAAAUUUUUGAAAAAUAAAGAAAAAUAGAUCUAGUAAUGUGUUACUUUUCAAAAAUGAUAUCACAUGGGUCGUACACAAUGAGUCACAGUAGUGGCUCAGGGACUGGGCAGGCUUGCUUCAUGGUAGGCCCUGUGCUUGGUGUUCGAGAGACCCUGACUUCAGUCCCUAGCAUGAAUGAAUGAGUCAACAGCUGAAGUUUUUCUCCUGAGAAAAGAACCUGGGGAGAGGGGUCGGUGAUGUCACAUACGAGAAGAAGCACCCCUUCCCUCCAAGGAGCCCCACAAUUCAGGAAUGGCGUACAGCCUCCUCACUGGUGUUCUGUGGGAUUAGAGUUUUCUUAAGGAUACACCUUGCUUUUGAAUAAAUGAUUUUAAUUGUUCAAACUAACUUCUAGACACUUAAAUAAUUCACAGAAUCCAGCUGUAUUCUUGGUGAAUACAGCUUGUUUUUUUUUUUUUUUCAGGAGUGUCUGGCUUUGUUAGAUGGUAAUGUUAUAGUCCUACCAUGGGCCAGCAAUUGGCUUAGUGUUUUGUUUUGUUGUUUUGUUUUGAUUUUUGAGACAGAAUCUCACUGUAUCUCCCUGACUGGUCUGAAAUGCACUAUGUAGAACAGGUUGGCCUCAAACUCACAGAUCUGUCUGCCUAAAGGGGUGCUCUACCACCCUUGUCUCAACUAUUAGGACAGGGGCCCUGGGUGCUGUCCAAGGACUAAGGAAUACAGCUUGAAUAGACAAAGGGGGCCAGGUUCAUGCAGGCCCUGUCAGCAGAUUUCUGUCCGUGUUUCUGCAACUGCUUUGACAGCGCGGUCUGCUUGUGUCUGUCUGUGCUCAGCUUGCAGAAGCUGCUGGUGAUGCUCAUACCACCACCUGGGAUGGCCACACGUUGGUCAAGUUCAGAAAUUAUGUGCAUGUAGGUUACAGGAAAGAUGGGGAAGAUCAGGAGUGGAAAUACUGUCUUAAAAGUAGCUUGAAAGUGGCAAUGUUAAUAAAGUGGAGCCAUGGUUCUCCCUGCUGUGUCACAUGAUUAAGAAAUGGCACCCAGAGCCCUGCACAUGCCAUUCUGUGUCCACCAAGCUGCUCUUGUGCUCCACAUCAGUACGGCUUUCACCUAGCGUCAGGGAAGCUUGAGGUUUCCCUUGUUCGGACCAGCAGGCAUUUUGUGAAAUGCUUAGCAUGGUUAGAGUCUGAGGCAGCUGGUCUGGAGGAGUCUGUACCUUGCUCUUUGCCUGGAGCAUAUGGAGGCAGAGGCUUCUGGUGUGGAUGCUUGGAAACUGGAAGCCGUGCUGUGAGCUGCUGUCAGGUCAGGAGCAGCCCUGCCUGUCUUAGCACUGAAAGCCCCUUCAGGUUGUCAGAUCUUGAGCUCUGAGCUGCCCUCAGUCCUCGUCAGCCUCCUAGAGAUUUGUUCCAACACUUCCGCCCUUUAAGAAAAAAAGAAGUAGACCCAGCAUGAUGCAAAGUGGGUGUUUGCGUUUCUGUUUGCACUAUCUCCCUGACAGCCACCCAGUUGGUUCUGUAAUUUGCUUCUUUAAAUGUCCUGAAGGUUUUUACUAGGAAAAGAUCAAAAUUAUUCAGACAGCUAGCUGUCAUUGGUGCUUCCCCCAAAGCCUUUAAUUCCCUUCUAUACCUUUUAUGAAUGAAAUAGUUGCUGUGUGCAGGUCAGGUGAAUGGAAGAAAAGAGUCUGGUGGUGUAAAUUAAGUAGCUUGAGGGGUGUUUUCAUUUUUCUCUUCCUGUAUCAUAUUUGGAAUGCAUGCACCCUCAUGUCGGCAGGUGUGUUCACCUGUGUCUGUCUUGCCCAGAAGGCUCUUUCUCUGUGGUUGAAAGCAAAGCCAUCCCAUCUGGCCUGUGUGGGAAAGACAUUAAGUCUGCUUCUGCAUUCUGGCAAAUUGGCGGGUUUAAGAUAAGCCUUGGGCUCCUGUCACAGUUUUCUGAAGAAGGAUUGGGCCUCCUUAACUCCCAGUGUCUUGAGUAUUUUUCACAUGUUUGUCAACUCUCUUGCACUCUCCUAAUAAAAGUGAAAUCCCUAUGUCAAGAAAUGGCACGGUGGUCUGUAGAUCAGUGGCAAGAAAGCUCAGCACACCUGGGACCCGUGGAGUCUUUAAGCUUGAGAGUCCAGGCUCUAUCAGAACACCAUCUGCAAACACAAGCAUCCCCGAGGAAAGCGGGGAGUUUGCUUCCUGGCCCACUGCAAUCACUUUUGAUUGAGUCCUUGGGAGCAAACGUUUGAUGUUGUGUUUUCGGAGCUGUGAGAAAAUGUCUGGGAACUCCUGGCGGUUGUUUCAGAUGAUUGCCUGGCUGCAGAGCAGCUGUUUCCUUCUUUUUCUCUUUUCCCUGGCAGGAAAGCAGACAGUGAGCCAUGCCCUAAAACACUCACACCUGUAAUCCCAGGGCUUCAGAGACUGAGAGGCAGGAAGAUGCCUGUGAGUUCCAGGCCAGUCUGAGCUACAGAGGGAAAGUGUCUCGAAAACAAAAACAAACAAAACAACAACAAAAUGACAGCAACAAAAAAGUGAUUUGCUUAUUCAGUACAGACAUGUAACAACUCUGGUAGCUGUGCUCCCUCUGCACUGUGACUUAGUGGUGGGUUUAUGGACAGGGCUGAAGCUCAAUGACAAUGUUUAUGGCUUGAGUGCUCAUACAGCAACUGAUAAAGCCCAACGGAUCUCAUCUUUACAUUACUCCUUAUUGUUAGGUUGACUGAGACCCUUCCUGUUGAGGGGGCCUGCUGCUAGUAACCUCCAUUUGCAAUGUUCUGCUUUUGAUAUGUGUCAAAUGGGAGUCUGGAAACUGUAAUAAAUACGAUUGUAUCCACUUG